ACUCCAGCUCAAUUCACAUUCUGUUUCAAAGGAUGCAGUGAAGAAAAAGACUGAUACUUUAAUUACAAUUAGUUUGCUUUUCUGGAGAAAGAAUGAUUUCAAACUCAAAUCUCCUUCUCUGUCUUAAACUUUCAUUCACCCGCUAAUUAUUGUUACUUAUCCUCUGUUUAGAAAGUCCAUCAAUCUGUAAGAAUUGAAGUUAGAUAUUUGCCUACUCCUUCCAUACCAAUACAUACAUACACUUAAUCCUGAAUCCAUCUCUCACGAGUAACUACUGUAGUCUAAACCCUGAGAAAGCCUCUGCACUUUGUUUGUCAAUGUCACUUAUACAUGAACCCUUGAAUUCGUAUGUUUCUCUUCCUUUUACCACUAUCUUCCCUCUUUAAGUUUUGGGUCACUGCUGGAUUGGGGUUUUUAUUAAUUAAAAUUUAAAAUUUUGUUGGCGACCUAUUGUUUAGUAUAGAGAUGAAAGUGACAUAGCGACUGUAUUUGCGCCUACAAUAGUCUUAUUCUUGGAAUCUUGCUAUAUAACAGAAAAAAAUAUGAUGCAACCAUAUGCAUAAAGUGACCCUACAAAGCAAGACUUUGACUCGCUUAAACAAUUUCCACCAAAUUACAAGGUGGAGGAGAGGAGUUAAGAUGCUUCCUACCUUUUGCAAGUUUAGUUGCAAGUCGUCAAGAUUAAUUUGCAUUUGUGAAUCUGUGUUUUGUGUAUCAAUUGCAAGAUGGGUAGUUGUGUCUCUGUCCAGCUCCAAGCACCAUGCGUUGAAGUGCUGAACCAUCUCGGUAGCUGCUUCUGCAGCAAACUCAAAUAUAUCCAAAACCUCAGGAAGAAUCUUGUGGAUUUGGAGACAGCCAUGGAAGAUCUCAAGGCGGUGCGAUCUGAUCUGCUACGGAAGGUGCAUGCAGCAGAAGAAGGAGGAGGUCUACAAAGGCUUCAUCAAAUCAAGGUAUGGCUUGAGAGAGUCGAGUCUAUCGAAUGCCAAUUCGAUGGUCUAUAUAGUAGUAGAGAUGUUGAACUUAAGAGAUUGUGUUUGAAUGGUGCUGGCCCCAAGAAUUUAAGAUUGAACUAUCUUUACGGAAAGAGGGUCUUCAAGAUGUUGAAUAUGGUUAAAGACUUGAAAUCUAAAGGGUUUUUUGAAGAGGUGGCUAGUCCUGCUGCUAGAGCUGUGGGAGAGGAAAGACCUUUAACCCCAACGGUCGUUGGUCAAGAAACAAUGCUAGAAAAGGCGUGGAACCACCUCAUGGAUGAUGAGACUGGAAUAAUGGGCCUCUAUGGAAUGGGCGGAGUAGGGAAAACAACUCUUCUCACACAGAUCAACAAUAAGUUUGUUGAUAUGUGUGACACACAUGAUGGGGUUGUCAUAGUCAUUUGGGUUGUGGUCUCUGGUGAUCUACAAGUCCACAAGAUCCAACACAGGAUUGGCAACAAGAUAGGAUACAAGGGUGUUGAAUGGAAGAAGAGAAAAGAAAACCAAAAGGCACUAGACAUAUUCAAUUUCUUAAGCAAGAAAAGAUUCGUUUUGCUUUUGGAUGACAUAUGGAGGAAAGUAGAUUUAACCGAGAUUGGCAUCCCUAACCCAACAAGCCAAAACGGAUGCAAGAUAGUAUUCACAACUCGCUCUCUAGGCGUAUGUACAAGCAUGGGUGUCCAUGAACCAAUGGAGGUACGAUGUUUAAGCACAAACGAUGCGUGGGACUUGUUCAAGAAGAAAGUUGGGCAAAACACACUUGAUAUACAUCCUGACAUUCCCAAGAUCGCAAGAAAAGUCGCUGGAGCAUGCCGUGGCUUGCCUCUAGCGUUGAAUGUAAUCGGAGAGACAAUGUCAUGUAAGAAGACGACACAAGAAUGGUACCAUGCGGUUGAUGUUUUGAAAACUUACGCUGCGGAUUUUAGUGACGUGAAGGAGAAGAUACUCCCCAUUUUGAAGUACAGCUAUGAUAAUCUUGAAGGUGAAAAUGUCAAAUCUUGCUUCCUGUAUUGCUCUCUGUUUCCUGAAGAUGCUUUGAUAGACAAAGAGAGGGUUAUAGAUUAUUGGAUAUGUGAAGGGUUUAUUCAUGGAGUUGAGAGUAAAGAAAGAGCUGUGAACCAAGGGUAUGAGAUACUAGGCACCCUUGUGUGCGCCUCUUUAUUACAGGAAGGAGGGAAGUACGACAACAAGUCAUACGUGAGAAUGCAUGAUGUGGUUCGAGAGAUGUCACUGUGGAUAGCAUCUGAUCUUGAGAAGCAUAAAGGGAGUUACAUCGUACGAGCUGGUGUGGGGUUAAACGAAGUACCAAAGGUCCAGAACUGGCAGCUUGUGACAAGGAUGUCACUGGUGAAUAAUAAGAUCAAAGAGAUAGACGAGAGUCAUCUUGAAUGUCCUAACCUUACAACUCUUCUCCUUCAGAACAAUCGCUGUCUUGUAACUAUCUCCGGUGAAUUCUUCAGGUCUAUGCCAAGACUAGUUGUUUUGGAUCUUUCAUGGAACGUUGAUCUCAAAGUCUUACCUGAGCAAAUAUCAGAGUUGGUUUCAUUGCGGUAUCUCGACUUGUCAGAGUCAAACAUUGUGAGAUUACCGGUUGGUUUACAAAAGCUGAAAAGACUGAUGCAUCUGAAUCUAGAGUCUAUGCUGUGUCUCGAAGGUGUCUCAGGGAUAUCGAAUCUGUCGAGUUUGAAGACGUUGAAGCUACUUAACUUCAUAAUGUGGCCAACCAUGAGCUUACUAGAGGAGCUCGAACGUUUGGAACAUUUAGAAGUUCUGACCGUAGAGAUCACGUCAAGUUCGGUAUUGAAACAGCUCUUGUGCUCUCAUAGGUUGGUGAGAUGUCUUCAAAAGCUAUCUAUCAAGUACAUAGAGGAAGAGUCAGUCAGAGUUUUGACUUUGCCAUCAAUACAAGAUCUACGUGAAGUCUUCAUAGGAGGGUGUGGGAUCCGGGAGAUAAUGAUAGAGAGGAACACAGUGCUGACAAGUCCAUGCUUACCUCACCUAUCCAAAGUUUUGAUUGCUGGUUGCAAUGGUCUCAAGGAUUUGACGUGGCUUUUGUUCGCUCCUAACCUCACUCAUCUAAGUGUCUGGAACUCAAGCCAACUAGAAGAGAUAAUAAGCCAAGAGAACGCUGCAGGGGUUGAGAUUGUUCCUUUUAGGAAGCUAGAAUAUCUACACUUGUGGGAUUUGCCUGAGCUGAUGAGCAUCUACUGGAGUCCUUUGCCGUUUCCGUAUUUGAGUCUGAUCAAUGUACAAAACGAUUGUCAAAAGCUGAGAAAGCUUCCGUUGGAUUCUCAGAGUAGUGUUGCGGGUGAAGAGCUUGUCAUAGAGUACGGAGCUGAAGAAUGGAAAGAGAAGCUUGAAUGGGCGGAUGAAGCCACUAGACUCCGUUUCUUACCUUCAUGCAAGUUGGUUUUGUAUGAUGUUUGAGCCAGAGAAAGCUUCCAAAUGUCUUUCAAUGGGAGGUUGAUUCUAGAUCUUGAUGCCAUGUGAUCAAGUGGUGAAUCAAGUCUCUCAGCGUCUUUGCAUCAAUGGAAGUUACAUUCACAGCCUUUCCGAGAAUCUAGCGGGGUUGCAGAAAGACAUAGAGGUACUCAAGGCAAAGCAAAGAUGAUGUGCAAAGAAGAGUUUACAUGGCGGCGCAAAAGGCUCUCUCAUGUUCAGGUAUGGCUUACGAAUGUCCUGACCACCGAGAGUAAAAUCAGUGAUCUGCUUAGAACUUCUGAGCUUCAAAGGUUGUCUUUGUGGGUUGCUAUAAAAAUGUUCAUUAAUGCUUAGCUACAUCGGUGUACAUAUGUUCUCUGUUCUUAAUAGUUUUCUUGGAUUAUAA